CACCCAGCGUCACACAGUACCAGUUCCAGCAUCCGCGAUAAAAUACUAUUGUUUAUUUGCUCUGCUUGUUGUUGUUUAAGUGGUGCUGCAUGUGCAAGUGUCGUAUAUAUCGUCGGUUAAUUAAAAUGAACAUUAAUUUUAACGACUUUUUUUGUUAUUAAGGUAAAAUGCAUUUCCAUUAUAAGCACAAUGAAUGAAUCUUUCGAGUGAAAAUUUCAUAACUGCGCAAACGCAACGCAACGCGCAUCUCAAAGGGAUAGCAAUUGAGAAGAAAAAGAAAAAAACGAAAUACUUAUAGACAAGAGCCAACUCUCAGCCUCCCAAUGUCGUCGUCGUCGUCGUCGCUGCUGCUGAUGAUGCUCUUGCUGCUUCUGCUGCUGCUGACGUCGAAGCUUGAAGCAAUUCCGGUUUUGUCCUCCACCUCGCCCUCGCCUGGCGUGCGAAUUCUUCGCUCGUCCGAAUCAAUUGUGGCGCCCCUUGAUGAUGAGGUGGUCUUUGAAUGCGAGACCAGUUUGCCGCCGGAGCGUUUCGAAUGGAGCUAUAGCAAUACCUCCAGUUCCUCAUCGGCCAUCUCCAGCAGUUUUAUCUAUUUGAGUUCUGUGGCAGGAAAGGUGAACAUCAGCCAUGAAUAUGCCAUUUCCCGAUUGGCCAUUGUCGUGAGACCAGAAUCAUUAGGUGAAUAUCGCUGUGUCGGAUGGUUUGGUCCAUUGGUGGUAACUUCGACCAUAGCCCGCUUAGAUUUGGCUUCGAUUAGUUUAGCCACGAAAAAGGAAUCUCAUUUAAAUUGGCGCACUGCGCCAGGAAAUUCAAUUAUUUGGCCAUGUGGCCAACAGGUGCAAGCCAAUCCCCUGGCAAGUUGGUCAUUUUAUAAGAAUGGCAAAGAAAUCCAACCUCUUAAUCACAAUGGAACCUUAAUAUUAAAUAAUAUUUCAAGUGAAUCCAAUGGCGUAUACUCGUGCAUGGCCACCAAUACUGCCUCCGGAGUGAGAUUACCCAUUCCCAGUUCUAUGGAAUUGCACGUGACCAAGCAGGAAGGUAGCAAAUCACCAUAUUUACUGUUUGGACAACCAACUAGGCAAUCAGUUACCACAAGAGAAGGUCAGCGCCUUCUUUUAGUAUGUCCUGGAGUCGGUUCUCCGCCCCCCAUACCUGUAUGGAGUAGUCCCAAUGUUACCGCCGCUGUGCCCAAUAAACGCAGUAAAUUACUAUCGUAUGGCUUGGAAAUAAAUCCCGUACAAGUAGAAGAUGCUGGCAUUUAUAUUUGUUAUCUGGAUAAUGGAAUACGUCCACCUCUGGAGCUAUAUAUCAAUGUGAGAGUGGAGCAGGCUCCGGUUAUUGUCCAAGCCCCCUGGGCUGGAAGCUUAACCAACGAAAGUGAUCGCCUGCAACUGGAAUGCCAGGCUAAAGGUGAACCUAAGCCCACAAUUUACUGGCUACUCAAUGGCAAGAGAAGUCACGAAGUGAAUCAAUCGCAAUUGCUAUCAAAUGGUCGAUAUCUAGUAUUAAAGAAGGUCCUUAAAGAACACGCCGGAUAUGUGCAAUGUUUUGCUCGCAAUCAUUUGGGUGAGCAUAGUGCUGGAACAUUGCUUCAGGUUAAUCCCAAGCUAGUCAAUGAGACUGAUUUAGUUGUGAGUAGACCACAACGUCCGAAAAAGUUACAGAUAAUGGUUCCACCAUCGGCUCCAAAUGUCACCCGCUUGUCCGAUGAGUCAGUAAUGCUUCGCUGGCAUGUUCAACGUAAUGAAGGAUUGCCCAUUCAAUUCUUCAAAGUUCAGUAUCGUCUAAUCAAUGAGGGCAAGCGUAAAAUGUGGCAGACGACCAAUGAAAAUAUACCUUAUGGCAAACCCAAAUGGAAUUCAGCACUUGGAAAGAAUUUCACUGCUUCGGUGACUAAUCUAAAACCUCAACGGACAUAUCGUUUUCGUAUUAUGGCCGUGUAUUCCAAUAAUGAUAACAAAGAGAGCAAUACAUCGGCCAAGUUCUUUCUACAACGUGGCUCAUCUUUGGAGCCCAUGCCGGUACCAGAGCUUGUAAAGAUCGAUGAGUAUUCGGAGACAGCUGUGGUGCUUCAUUGGCGCCUUUCGGAUGAUGCGGAUGAGCAAUCGAUUACUGGCUAUUAUGCCUACUAUCGUCCUUCGUCGUUUGCUGGAGAGUAUUCGAAAGCCACCAUUGAGGGGGCGAAAGCACGAAGCUUUCACAUCGGCAGUUUGGAAGUUGGCACCAUUUACGAGUUCAAAUUGCAGUCGUUUAGCGCAGAUUCCGCUUCGGAAUUUAGUGCACUUAAACAAGGACGAACACAGCGGUCGAAGCUAACAACUACGGAGCAACCCAUACAACAGAAGGGUGGAGAUCGGAAUGUUAAUACCACUCCGAAUCAUAAUGAGACCUAUAGCCUAAAUCCAUUGCUCACAGGCACCAUAGGAGGAGGAGCUUUACUCCUGCUUCUACUUAUCGCUUUCAGUUUUUGUCUGUGUCGCCGCAAGAAUCGAAACGGUGGAGAUGGAAGAAAUUCUCAAAACAAACCGCGUUUAGCAGAGCUACGUGAAGAUUUCUUACCAUUGGCCGGUGGAGGAGUUCCUGGUAGUAAGCAGCGUCAGCGUUCGCGUCACAUUCACAUUACCCUGAAUCCCCUCGAUCAGCAGCAACAACAACCAUUAGAUGAGAAGAAUACAAACACUAAUUUAAACUCCCCACACCUUGAAGCAGAUCCGGAAUUGGUGUAUUUUCAGCGACAACAACAAAAUCAUCCCACGACAUACGACUAUGAUCAUGGCCAGAGACGUCUAUCGUCAUCAUCGCUAAGGCGUUCACAACGCACCCUGGAACGUACACCGGGCAGCAAUAAUAAUCUUCAGCAAAUCGGUAGCGAAACCACAACCACCGGGCAGCGAGUUAUCCUUAAGCGUCCACGUCUAUCGAGUCGCUCCGAGAAUCUUUCGUCGGGAAGUCUUAACAGCGUGGGCGUGUAAAUCUAAACGUGAUCUUUAGUCUAUAUGUAAUACAUAGCUUAUCUCUAGAUAAUGCAUUUGUCUUCAGACAGAGCUUCUCCUUAUCUCUGAGAUGAAUUAAUGUAUUAUUUACCAAGUAUACAUAUUUCUCUACCUCUACUUUAACUUUAAUUUCAAAACGACAACGCGCAUUGCACAAGUUGAGAAACUUUUUAUAUCUCUAAAAUAGAAAUCUCAACUUUCGAAUCAACAACUCCACGAACAAAUCUAAUACGAAAAGUGAUUUAACAAAGACAAACGAACAAAAUUUAAUUUAGAAAUUAAGACAAAACAUCCGAACAUCAGGAAAUACAUCCUUAAAUAAGAGGAUGGUUAAAAAAUAAAACAAAUUAGCCAUAUAUAAAAGCAGUCUGAUAUAAUCAUAACAGUUUACUAUAGGGAAAUCCUGUAUUUUUUAUAUAAUUUAAAAAAAAACAAUAACUGCUUUUUUGCAUAUUGAAAAUGUACUUAGAAAUUUACAAAAAUUGUCGCUCUGUUCUCAGUUGUGCAUGCAUGUUUUAUAAAUUUACACAAGAUAUAAAUUACAAUUUUAAGUACUUAAUUAGAUAUUACUAGACUGUGUUUAUCUAAAAACCCUAUUGGUCUAUAUUUAAGUCUUCCAUGUUUUGACAUAAGUUCAAAUUCUGUACUGAUAGUGUUUUA